GUAUCAUCGAAAAAAAAGCUAUUCAAAAGAAAAUACCUAUAAAUACAUAAAUCCGCUAAUGAUAUACAUAUAUUAAUUUGUCAAAUGUUUAUUUUUACGAGUGAUUUUUAUAGAUAUACGAUUGUGAAACGAAAAGACUAUUAAAUUAUUAUUUAUAUACUACUUAUAGGUAUCGGGCUUCAGUUCUUUGCGGUUGUGUUAACCUGAGAUUGUUUCGAAAAGCAACACAUAUGUGUCUAGCACGUUUUUCUACACACAUUACUUUUUUCCCACUAUCUUCCUCCCUUUCAUCCUUUUACCAAGCAGUAUAACAGCUGGACAGCAAUUGAUUAUGUUAGUAGCUCGGCGACAGCUGAGCGUGCUGCAGCUUAUUUUUGUUGGUAGAUUUAACUUAUAAAUCACUAUAUCAUUUUUAAAAUAUAUUAUACAAAUAAUGUAAAAUAAAAGGCAAUAUGAAACAGAAAAUAUAUACUUAGUGGCAGUAACUUUAUUAAUAUUCUUCAUACCGACAUUUAAACGAGUUAACGUGUCGAGUAAAGUGCAACAUCAUGGAUGAAUCCUACCUCCAUCAGCUUGUCACAGAACCUAUAAAAAAUCUUCUCCGAUUACAUCGUAUAAAAGAGGUAAUUUGAAGUAACUGAAUGGAGUGCAAAUACAUUGCUUAUAGAUAGAUAGAACAUCAAUACCGCAGAAACAGAAAUCUAAAGUAUUUAAACAUACAACAAUAAAGGCUCAUCAGCAUGUUGGGGAGUAUGGAGAUAUUUUCCUUUAAGACAUAGAUAAUAAGAUAAAAUGGAUGAAUUCACGAGCAUGUACAAAUCAGGCAUAUAAUCCUACUUCCAUAGAACAUGUGGCUAAUGUGGCCACUCAUGGAAUUUGGAUUGUCCCUUCUAUAAUUGGCAGUUUAGAACUUUUUCGACGUUCUAUAACAUGGACACAGUUUGUUUCUGCAUGCGUUUAUGGUACUUCAUUGAUUCUUGUUUUUGUGGUAUCCACAUUUUUCCACAGUGUCCAUUACUGUAAUCAUAACAGACAAUUAAAAGAUGCAUUGCAUCGCUGUGACCGUGCAAUGAUUUAUAUCUUUAUAGCUGCUAGUUAUUUUCCAUGGUUAAAUGUAGAUCAUUUCCCAGGUGAUAAACUACUUUUUACAAUGAGAUAUGCUGUUUGGAUUAUGGCAAUGUUGGGAAUUCUUUAUCAACAAAUUUUCCACGAGCGCUAUAAAAUGCUCGAAACCAUUAUGUAUUUGGUCAUAGGUAUUGGUCCAAGUGUAGCAAUCAUUAAUGUCAAUGAUUAUUACAACAUUGCUGAAUUAAAAACAGGAGGGUUUAUUUAUAUUUUGGGUUUAAUAUUCUUUAAAUCAGAUGGUAGAAUACCUUGUGCACAUGCAAUUUGGCAUCUUUUUGUAGCUGCUGCUGCUGGAUUUCAUUAUUAUGCAAUUUUAAAUCAUGUAUUUCCUGCAAUAAGUUCAACAGUCACAAUUGAUCUACCAAGUGUGCCAUCAUUACCCCAUAUAGUACAAUCUCAUUUAGAAAUUUAGAUUCACAUAUAAUAUUUUUGCCAUAUAUCUACAGUUUUGCAAAAAAGAAAUUGAAAUUUUCAAUGAAAAUUCAGUAAAGACUGUAUUUGGUUUUAAUCUUCCAUAUAAACAAAGUUUUUAUAGAAAAAUUUGUUAUAAAUAAGUAGACUAUAUAGAUUUCCAAUCUUUUUAUCAUUAUAAAGGAUUUUUAUCAUAAAUUAUUACAUCCAUUACAAAAAUAUGCAAAAUAAAAAUAUACAGAAUGUAAAUAUAACACUAGAGUAAAGUUAUAGUGACAGAGUAUUGGAAAUAUGAAUGAUGAAAAAUAAGUAUGAUUUAUAUAAUUUAUAAUCUACAGAAUAUUGAAAAUGUACUUCUAAUUUAUUUGGUGACAAUUGUUUUGUGUAGUUUACAAUAUGGUAAUUGUAAUUUUCAUAUAUUUAUGGUUAAUAUUAUUUAAUAUAUAUAUAUAUAUAUAUAUAUAUAUAUAUAUAUAUAUAUACAAUUAUAUAGAAAAAAAUUUGUUUAUAAUAAUAUCAAGUUUAUAUGGCAUAAAAAGAUAUGUUUCUUAAUGCAUUAUUUUGAAAAUAGAAUCGAUAAUAUUGCAUGUUUAUAUAACAGCUGACAAAUAGUGACAACUAUUAAUAACAAUACAGUUUUUCUUAAUUAUGGUUCCUUUUUUAUUAUCUAAUGUGCCAAAAUUAAUCUUGUCAUUUUUUUAAUACUAAAUUUGUUCAAUAAAUAACUAUAAUGCUACAGAGCAUUAUUGUAAAAUUAUAUAUACGAAUAUAAGAUUAUAUAUAGCCUAUUAAAAUUUUGUUUAUUAUAUAAAUUCUUUAUCAUAUAAGUUAAUUGAAUGUUAUCAUAAUUACCAUAUUUUAAUACAAAUUUUGUUUGUAUAAUUAACAAAAUAUACAUAUUUAUACAUAUUUAUGUACAUAAUACGUACAUUAACAUUGUAAAACAAUGAAAAAAAAAACAAGUGUCUAAACAUGUGGUGAUAAUACUAUAUUAUUAAAAGAAAAAGAGUACAAAACAAUUACUAAUUGAAUAUUAAAUCAUUUACUACAUGCUUUAACUGCAUAUAAUUUGCAGUGUACCAAGUAUGUAAGUAUGAAUAUGUAAAAUGUAUAAUAUUGUUGUUAUUAAUAUGAUUUUAUAUUGAUAAAAUGGUAAUUAUGUGAAAUAAAAAUAUUGUAAAA